UAAGUCCAUUAAUCAAAGGCCUGUCAAGUGGAAUUGUUUGUAGAGCUUGUUUAUCAAAGCAGAGCAUAAAAGAAUAAAGUAGAAAAGAAUGUGGAAAAGCUAGUCUGAAGAAGGCCGGAGAUUAUUUCUUUUUCUGCUAAUUCUUCAAGAUUAGAUUUAAAAUAGGUUUCAGGUGACUUAUAGAUAAGUGAAAAAUGUUGAAAAAGCUUAAAGUGGCUUGUUUUAAAAAAUAUUUGGCAGUAAGUGAGCAUUUCUGCCUAGAACUCUUAUUUAAACCUUAUCUUUGCUUUGCAGCUGUACCUGGGAAGAAGGAAGAGAAAACAACCAAGGCAGUGGAGCAAGAAAUUAGAAAAGAAAAAUAUGGGAAGACAUCUUCAGUUCUGAAGGACAAAGAGCCUGUUAAAGCGAAAGAAGUGAAGAUUCCAGAGGUUCCAGCUUCCCUAAAGGAAAAAGGCUUUUAAAAAUAAGAGCUUU